GGUCCCCUGAGGUUUCCCAGAAGUCAAGAGGAGUAGCUGCUAGCUGCUGCCCCAACAGCACAAGCAGAAGUUUGGUAGGAAGUGGAAGACAAUGUGAGAUGAGCAGAGAUCAGGCAUGGUACUAUACGCUCAGAGACGCAAGAUGGUUUGGACGCUGCUUUCUGUAGGUUUUUGUGUCUUUCACGUCCUUGCUGAAUCAACACUAUCUUCCUUACUCAAUGUGAAUAACACCAUGGCAACCCCAGGAGUAAACAAAACAAACGAUCGGUACAGUCGGAUCAGUACAGUGACAGAAUCUUCCGCUACAUCAAUGGUCAGUGACGCAACAACAGCACAAACAAAUACAACAACAACAACAACAACAAUAACAACAAAGACAAUAACAGCAGAAACCAACAAGACCCUUCCAGCAGACAAAGUGGUUCUCAUUGAGGGAACAGCAGCAGAGCCAUUGGUUGAAAAUACAAACAUUUCAAAAACAACUCAUGGACUGACCACAAACAGUGAGCUCAACACACCACAGACCAAGCCUUAUGUUUUGGCUGCCAUUACAACCCCCAGACCACCAAUCCAACAGCAGGUGACAGCCUCUUUCACCUCCCCUGAGGAGCACAACGCCACUCAGAACACAGGAUCAGGCCCCACCACAGCACAGUGGCACGCAGGCCCCCAGCCCACACCAAGCCCCUCUCCACUGGGGAUAGAGGUGACCCAGGGCCAUCUGGAGGCUGCAGGCAGCUCACAACCAGCCUCCCCUGGGCCAGAGUGGGGUAUCACAGAGGGACAGACGGAUUCGGCUCCAUUCGAGCAGACAACGAUAAUCGAUAGGAGUGUAAACUACACUACGGCCAGUGAAGCAGCUCUAACUCAGGGCUUGGGAUACACCCACUUCUCUUUGUCUCAUUCGAAGAACUCAACGCAGGCCGGGCCAGACAGCAUGGAGAGUGAGGUACGCACAGACAGUAUGACAACACAGAACACAAGGAGGUAUGAUGCAAAUGCAAACAUGACCUUAAGAGUCCAUCUCAAACUAACCACCGAUAGAGUCACACGUACCACCACUCCCAACAGCACGAUAUUCACCACCCUCAGAACAGUAGCCGUGACGGCAGGUCCUUCUGCUGCACUGCACACUCCCACGGACAUCGAGACUGACACAUCCAACAUCAGCUUGCCCGUCAACAGCACUUCAGGACCGGACAUCUCCAUUCAGCUGCGCACCUUGACCACCACCACCAUGAAGAUGACCACAGGGGGCCUGAGGCCAGAGGAUUUGCAAACCGAAACCAAAACAAACAUCUCAGGAUGCACUGAAGGAAGGCCCUCUCCCUGCUGCACCAGGCUGGCCUGCUUCCUCACAAUCUGGGGCCUUGCCCUGGCCGCAUCCUUCUUCCUGGGCCUCAACAUCUUCCUGUGGGUCCGUCUGUCCGCCGUGAGGAAGAGCGGGCGCUGGGAGACGGACGCACGGACACGGGCAGGCGGCGCGCAAAGAGGAGCGGCCACGGGGGACGACGGGAGCCUGUGGGCAAACCCGCGGGCCACCGUGGAGGAGAGGGUGGAGUUCUGGUACGCUAACGGCACCAUGACAAACAGCAGCGACAGACACAGAGGGCCAGAGAAGGAGAGAAGAAGGGACAAAUGGAGCGAGAGAAAGGGGGGGCGGAUGAACGGAAGCCUGUGGCCUCAGCCUAAAGUGACUAUGUCCGACAUCACGGAGUUCUGGUAUGGGAGGGAGAGGCCGACAGGGAAGAAUCACCAGACAAUACUGGAGGAAGAGGAGGCACAGUGA